CCUUGUGUAACGUACAACGUGAUGACGUAGGAGUUUACGCAGCGCACACACAAUCAGCAGCGUGUCCUGCACGUUGACAUUGGAAUAGCAAACCGACACAGGAGCGUCUCUCUACUGACUUCUCUCACAGGGCAGGAUGGGAGCUUCCUUGUCUACACCCGCUGCUCCCUCUGUCCGGGCGGAGGCCAUGAUGACCGCCCCCCCGCAGGGCUGCCCCAUGCACAAAGAAGCCCCGCCUGUCAAAGUGUCUCCUCCUCCAGAGUGUCCCAUGCAUCAAGCUCAGCCCGCCCAAGCCUCUCCUCCCUCGGAGUGUCCCAUGCACAAAGCGGUACCAGGUCCAGCUCAUCAGGACCGGGCCUAUGACUUUGUUGAGUGUCCCAUGAAAGCAGCAGAGGGCACAAAGAGUGACAUCGACCCAUCGAACAUGAUGCCUCCUCCUAACCAAGUUCCUGCCCCAGACCAGCCCUUUGCCCUCCCCCUGGCCAGAGAGGAGUCCUCCAUCCCUCGCCACGACACAGACAAGAAGUGGGUUUACCCAUCUGAGCAGAUGUUCUGGAACGCCAUGCUGCGGAAAGGGUGGCGCUGGCGUGAGGACGACCUUGGCCAGAAAGAUAUGACCAACAUCAUCAAAAUCCACAACACGAACAACGAGCAGGCCUGGCAGGAGAUCCUGAAGUGGGAGGCGCUGCACGCAGGCGAAUGUCCAUGUGGGCCGACCUUGAAGAGGUUUGGGGGUAAAGCCAAAGAGUUCUCCCCCAGGGCUCGCUUCCGCCACUGGAUGGGCUAUGAGCUGCCUUUCGACCGCCACGACUGGAUCAUCGACCGCUGUGGGAAGGAGGUGCGCUACGUCAUCGACUACUACGACGGAGAAAUCAACAAGGAGAACUACCAGUUCUCCAUCCUGGACGUGCGCCCCGCCUACGACUCUUUAGGCGCCGUCUGGGACCGCAUGAAGGUGACCUGGUGGCGCUGGACCUCCUAAACGGGACUUACACACAGACUGUGAAACUGGCCUUCUUCAUAUCAGUUCUGACGAGAUGUAUGAGGGUGUGAAAGAAAACAACCACACCUCCAUGAAUACAAAUAAAAAGUAGAUGUUUGAGUUUUCAGAA